UAGUGUAUACGUGCCUUAUUUUACUCUGAAGAUGAGCCAUCGAAAAAGAUGCAAAGCUAGAAUAGUACCGCAACAAAACAAGAAAAUUUGUGGAAUUAUCUGUUUUUGUCAGCUGGUUCUAGUUUUAAGCUGUGUGUCGCUGAUAUAUUUAACAGUUGUUAUUUACAUUCCGUCCUAUAGGGCUUUCCACUCUGGAUUUGAACUGAGACCGGUUAUGUGCCAAACUAUAAACACAAGCAUGUUAAACAACUGCAGUUGGGCUUCUUGUGGCGAAUGGUGUCUCACAAAAGCUUCGGGUUUUUGCCCACAAAUCCACGCGAUUGUCCGUCAAAACGGCACUUAUGUGCAGUUUCAAAACUGCACAUCAUUUCAUAAAUCUUCAUGCCCACCGGUGGACAGCAAUGCUAUAAGCAAGUUCAACUGCAACAAUGGUAGUGAAUGUGCUUCUCUCAAGGGUGUGUUCAACUGCUCCUUGGGACACUGCAGAAAUAUGUCUGAGAUCUACAACUGCCAUUACAAAGCAGACGGAUUUACGCUGGAUAGUGACAAGGACAACGUAAAACUCAACGGCUUCUUUGAGUGCAAAGGUUCCCGCUGUACCAAAAUCAAAAAGCACUUCAGUUGUGAUCGCAUUUGCCCUGAAAGAAUAUUAUCAACUGGCCACAAUGUAUUUUUCAACGUUGACGACAGUGUGUACUUUGCAAAUUGCUCUUCUGCCGUUGCCUUCAACGCGGCAAAUGGUAAUGCAGAAGGUUAUGCUGUGAACACCACCCAUUUCUGGAAUUCCAAACCUCAACAUCUUCUUAUGGCCUCUUGUUACUCGGUUAUUUAUGAUCCAAUCAACCAUGUUCUGAAUGGCACUGAUUGCAUCAACGGCUCGGUAUAUAGUUUGGAUGAUGUCCCAAAACCAUCCAUGUCUUUUAAACAAUACUGGAAUUUGACUGGUAAAUGGAAGGAAAUAAUUGACCCCAAGGACCAGAAGUUUCUACCAAUGCAAUCAGUUUUGACAAUAUACAAUCAUUCCAGACUGUAUAUCAAUCUUGAGGGAUGUGUUAACACUCUAAAGGGAGAAUGUAUACAAUUUUUACACUCCCAUGGAAGAGAUGGAAAGAAUGAUACAGCACAAUCAAAAUACCCUUGUUUUUAUAAUAAGCAUAAUAACUUCAUGGUGAUAGCAAGGUACAAUUUAGAAAAAACGAGGAAGGAACUAAUAAUUGCAUUAACUAUUCCAUCUGUAUUUUUCGUUAUUUCGUUUGUUACCCUUUGUAUAAUAAUGCAAUCUGUGAGGGUUGAUGACGAUACAAGGAUGCGUUGCAAAUAUUGUUGCACCCAAGAUUCGGACCUUACAGAAAUGAUGGUUGACAGCAAUAAAUAUGAACUAUCUUCGCCUGAAUCGGAAGGAGCUUCAAAGAGAUAUGACAAGGACCAAAACUAAAUGAUAUUAAUGAAGGAUUCAUCUUAUGAUAUGCUUGAUACGCUUAGUAAGUAUACAAUUACUCCAUUUAAGUUCCAGAGGAUCACUCAAGUCACGAAGUUAAGGGGGAAUUUUUAUAGUUAGCUUGACAUCCCAAUCACUUCUCAUCGUCUGAAGAAUUUGUUAUGAUUGUAAUGUGUACAUAUGUGUAUUAUAGUAGGAACAAAAAUGUAUUUUCUGUUUUGUAGCAAACGUAGGAGGUGUACCUAAAUGUAUUUUUUCGAUGUUAUACACAUUAUACCCAAGCCAGAAGCGUAACGAUUUUUCGAAAAAGUUGAGACUGACUAAAAGGUCCAAUGAACACAUUUGUGUAAUUUUUCCGAAAUAACUCAAGUGCCCUCAAGAUUUAAUAAUGACCAAAUUAGUUACGCUGAUGGCACUAUUGACUGUUAUUGAACCAAAUUCGCUAAGUGUCUCUUAUAUCUAUACCUUAUUCUAAAAAAUAAGUAUCAAGCUUUUGUAAUCGAUUUUAUUUCGUAGAAUUUUGGUCUUAAAUAUUCGAGUACCUAGAUUUUUUUGGAAAAAUUUACUGAGGAUUUUCAACUGAUUGUUUCUCCAAACGGUUCUAUGCCAAUGUUCAAUUAACAACGAUAUUUGUUUAUGCCGUAUUAGUUCUUAUGGAAUUUCGAAUGUAUAUUUUUGUAAUUGUUAUUCCAGUGUGAAACAAUAAAUGUAUAUUAGAG